AUGAUGGCGGACUCAAUCGUGACUUCGCCUGAGGGUGUUUCGGGCCUUUCCGCGGAAGCUCAGCAGCCUUUGGUGCCUACCUCUACUCGACGAUAUGGACUUGGAGAAAUGAGCAAUGGCGAUUGCGAUGCUAACCUGGCCGAAGAUCCCAAGGCACACAGGCCAAUGGAAAGACGAGCAACGGGCAACGGGCGGUUUCCUAUCCGUGUCAAUGGCACCAGCGUUAGUUCUUCGUCGACAAUAACAUCUACGGUUGCCGUGGUUCGCCCCGCGGAUUCGAAACCACCGCCCAUUCCCCAGAGAUCGCACUUCAGGGGCGUAUCCCAAAGCCCGUCCUUGGUCAACAAAAAACUGGGAUUGAUACCCCUUGCCUUACAAAGAUCCAAGGGUGCGGGGUCGAGGAGCAGUUCGGUGCCUCCUAGAUUUUCUCGAGGUCUGAAGCCAAAUGGGGCCCAUGUGACUCGGACUCAGUUGGGACGGGCUAUGUCUUUGGCGGAGGAGGAAAGGCCUGUGGCUAAUAUUGCUGCCGGGAACACGAUUCAGCCGGUCUCUAGGGUAUUAAUCAGAAGUCAAUCUCGUGGAGCAAGUCGAGUUGGAAACAGUCCGGUGUUCACCAACCCUUUCAGACGAGAAAGCGCGACACUUGGAACACCCUCCAGCGUCUGGGAACUGGCAGUCCUUCCAGUGCGCCGAGAUGCUUCUCAGAGCCGUGAUCCGCUUCUUGAGGUCGCUCGCGGUGUUCUCUACUCGAUAUCACAAGUCCAUUCAGCUGUUCAGAGCAUGUCGAAUUUUGUCGUCAACCAUGGGGCUGGAUCCAACCUCGAAGCCGCUCUUGAGAAAGCCAGUUUCCACUUCCAUGAGCUGGAACAAGCUAUCCAUGCUUUGGAUCUCAUGACUGGCACACGUGGUGUUGACUGUCCGAAUCAAUGGUCUCUUCAGCAGGCGCUGUCGAGGCUCGUUAGCGCCUACAGCCAGAUAUGUGGUGAGCUUAGCGGCCAUAUCGACAUGUUCGUGGAUAUUGGGGAUGAGAGGUACCUUCGAACCUUCCUCAUGCUUGUGUACCACAGCAUCAUGGAGCUCCGCGCAACCAUGGGAUCACCUCCAGCGCCUGACAUUGACGCGGCAGCGACGCUCAAACCCCGACGUCGGACACCAUGGUCCACAAUUCUAACGCCGUUUAGAAGAGGUUCAACGAGGAACCAUACCCCAUUAUCGUCUUUUAAAAGCCCCAAACCCCCGGGUGGCCUUGAGUCUGCUCGAGGGGGUGUCAACAUGCAAGUCAGGACGGACUUACCUUAUCCUGGGCCAGGGGGCGCUCCAACACGGGCAAUAGCAGUGGCCACGACGGAUUCGGCUCCGACUUUCACCUCUGCAAAGAGCAUCGGCAUUACCACAGCGUCGACAAGGGUAGCGAAACUGGAUACCCAGCCGAUACCGAUAACUCCAGAGCCACCUCCCACUGCCACCUCGUUUUCUCUUCCAUCUUUCUCCUCGCUCACCCCUUCACAUAUGUCUAAUAAUGCCGCACCAGAUCCGACUGAUGCGCCGUUCGAUGUGCUUUUCUUGAAAUUGAAGUCAGCAACCUCCCAGAUCUUUCACACCAUCCCACCGCUGAACUCCUUGUUUGCGCACUACCAUCACCAGGUUCACUCUAGUCCAGCACUGAGGGAAGCAGCAAAGGCCUGGACCGUCCUCUUGACCAGUGGUGUCAAAGUGCAGAAACAAACGGAAGCUUUGCGGGAGAGGUUGUCCACUUUGAGGGUCGGCGACCCGGCAUUGUUCUCCCCUCCUUCUAGUGCACGAGGAAAUCAGACACGGAGUGGCUCGGGCCACGGAUCGGCAUCGGUUUCUUUUUGGGAUGUAUGUGAGGGUUUAUACACCGCUUGGGCUGAGUUUGGGGGUCUGUUGAAGACGGUGUUAGUGAAGUCGAAGGCUUCGGCAGCAGAGGGGGCGAGGAAGGAAACGGCAGAGCUCAACUCGAAACUUUCAUUACCACCAGAAACGCUCAAGCAGCUUGGAAAUAUAUCGCGAGGACUCAAGGACGCAGCCGAAUUGAGUGUCAUCGUCAGGAGGCAGAUACAUGUGCAACAACAGCAGCAGCAACAGCAGCAGCAGCAGCAAGUUCAGCCCGUCGUGCCGCCUGUCACCAGAUCACAGGGGCAGGAUAAACCUAUGGUGCGGAUGAGAGAGCGCGACAGAGCACGGGAAAGAAGCAUCAGUCCCAGGACGAGAGACAUAAGCACUGUUCGAGCGGGAACGCCGGCGGCGAGGAGGUUGCAGCAAAUGCAGAUGGAGAUGCAAUCACUCCCGCCUCUGCCCAUGACACCGCAGAGUGCAGCGCUGGGACCGGCGUUUAGGGCUACGAAACCCUCUUCUUUUGGGUCGUUUUCUGGAUAGUGGGACAUGUCACAUCAUUCUUGAGGAAGGAGUGAAGGGAUGAUGGUGUCGAGUGGGGUGAUUCCUUCCGUUUUCACUUGUUUCUGCAAGUGCACUGCAAUGGUACUUAACCUCGGUCAUGAUGGACGAUGGAAGUCACUUUUGCACCAUAUUGUCGGGCAGUUUCCGCCAGAUAGAGGGCCUACUUCGCCAUACGGGUUAUGCGGACCUUUGGGGU